CUCUGAUCUUGAAGUCCACAUCCUGCAGAGAAAAAAGAGACUUCCUGAACUGGGUAAGCAGUUUAGCCGUACUCCAGGACAGCAAGCCUUGAACACUGUGCUGGGAGACUGCGAAAUUGGCAGACUCUGCAUCAUGAACACUCUGUCUGAAGCAAACGGCACCUUUGCCAUCCACCUUUUAAAGAUCCUUUGUCAAAACAACCCUUCGAAAAAUGUUUGUUAUUCUCCUGUGAGCAUCUCCUCUGCUCUAGCUAUGGUCCUCUUGGGGGCAAAGGGAGACACCGCAGUCCAGAUAUCUCAGACACUUGGUUUAAACACAGAAGAAGACAUUCAUCGGGGCUUCCAGUGGCUUCUAAGAAACCUGAACAAGCCAGAAAAAAAAUACUUGCUUAGAAUGGCCAAUAGGAUCUUUGCAGACAACACUUGUGAAUUACCCCCAACCUACAAGGAGUCCUGUCUUCAGUUCUACCACUCGGAGCUGGAGCAGCUGUCCUUUGCCAAAGAUCCAGAGGAGUCCAGGAAGCACAUAAACACGUGGGUCUCCAAACAGACUGAAGGGAAAAUCCCAGAGUUGCUGUCAGGAGGCUCAGUUGAUUCAGAGACCAGGUUGGUUCUUGUCAAUGCUUUAUACUUCAAUGGAAAGUGGCAUCAACCAUUUGAAAACACAUGCACAAGGGAAAUGCCCUUUAAAAUAAACCAGAGUGAGGAAAGACUAGUGCAGAUGAUGUAUCGGGAAGACACAUUUAACCACGCCUACGUGAAUGAAGUACAGGCACAGGUGCUGGUGAUGCCCUACGAGGGCCUGGAGCUGAGCUUUGUGGUCCUGCUCCCGGAUGAUGGUGUGGACCUCAGCCAGGUGGAAAGCAAUCUUACCUUUGAGAAGUUAACAGCCUGGACCAAACCAGACUAUAUGAAGAGAAUUUAUAUAAAGGUUUUCCUUCCAAAAUUUAAAUUGGAAGAGGAUUAUAAAAUGGAGUCUGUAUUUCAGCACUUGAGAAUGAUGGAUGUCUUCCAAGGAAGCAAGGCUGAUUCAUCAGCAAUGUCUCCAGAAAAAGACCUAUGUCUGUCCAAGUUUGUUCACAAGAGUGUUGUGGAGGUCAAUGAAGAAGGCACCGAGGCUGCAGCAGCCUCGGCCAUCAUAAGUUUUAACUGUGCGUGUAUACGUGCCUUAACAUUCCGUGCAGACCGCCCCUUCCUGUUCUUCAUCAGGCACAAUGAAACCAAUAGCCUCCUGUUCUGUGGCAGGUUCUCCUCUCCAUAGGCACAAUUACCAUGUCAGGAACAGUUCUCAAUUCAGCAUCUUGAGAACUCCUGUAACGCUGUGAAGACGGGCAUAUGGCAGAACCAUGUUCCAAGGUGAGGGCACAUUUCUCCUGGCACUCUGAUCUUCAGAUGUCCUCAUUCAUUUCCCCCUUUCCUGACCUUAUCUAUGGCAUUUGCCGGGUCUCAGGGCCACAGAGUGCUUUGGUUCCCUGUUACGUAUAACAACAAAAGAGGCAAACAAUUCCACAAGGUAACCACAAAGUUCGCUAAGGGGACCUUAAUAAGCACCCCUCACACUGCACUGACAAAUCAUGCCAACUAUAUAUUCUGUGCUUUCCUGGCUCCUCAACUCUUGCCAUCACUUGUCUUAAUCUGUACACAUGAGAAUAGACACUUCUGUGGAUGAUGACUCCUAUUGCAGUUUUCCAAGUGAUUGGUCCUUAAUGCACACUUUAAUAUUACUUUUCUUUGCUGUCCACCAGUCACCAGGUGUGUGCCCACCACUGUGCUAGUCUUGGGGGCAGAUGCAGACAGUGUGGUCCUCCUCCAACAGCUGGACUUCACUACUUUUUCUCAAAUUAUCUCUCUGCCAUGACAGCUACCUCGAACUACUAUAUUUCCUCUUUGCUGAAAUCAUGAUUCUUUAAACUAUUAUUUUUCUCCACAAGCAACUAUAAUAGUCGGAUUCUAUGACAACCUUAAUGACCAUUUCAAAAUCAAUUUUGUUUUCUCACCAAACAUGUAUGCUGCUGAAUAAAUAACAGCGUGAAGUCUGAGUUUGCAUUUGCUUUAAUUGAAAAUAUCAACCUUGGUUGAGGAGGCAGAGUCAGCAACCAGCUGAUAGAAUGUAAUCGUAGAGAGUCAGAGGGCGUCUGGAAGACAGAUGGAGAGAAGCACAGGUGGUAGGGAGGGACUUUGAGCAUGGCAGUUAUUUGUUUGUUUGUUGUUUUUUGGUUUGAUGGAGCAGAAGGAAGACACUGGCAAGGAGGAAUGAUCAGCAAGAUGCUCUUUAAUCUUUGACUUAGCAGGUUUCACCCAGCCUCUGACUCCUGGGUUUUAUUAAUACAUAGAACAAUUGAUGCUUAUUUAAAACUACAUCUAUUGACAGAGGUAGGAGGCAGAUCUGGUAGGAUGUAAAAGUCCUGCUAGGCUGCUACUAGAGAAGCACGUCAAUAACUAUGGAAUCGCAAUUAUUGGCUGAGACUGCAGUAGAUACAGAGCAAACCCCCCACCACCCA